AUGGGUCAUCUGCCGUCCUCUGAGCGCCCGCACUUUAGUCAGUACAAGAGUGCUAAGACCCUGUACGACGCUGUAGUUGCACGCUACUCUUCCCUUGCCACUGCUGCCCUUAGUCGCCUCAUGCUGCCUUACCUGUUCCCUGACCUUGCCGCCUUUCUCACAGUCGCUGACCUCAUUACGCACCUCCGCACUAGUGACACCCGCUACCGCGCUGCACUUCCUGCUGAGUUCUGCGCCAAGAACCCUCCCCCCAUGUACAUCACCCUCUACUACCUAGUCACCCGGCUCCCUGACUCCCUUCGCUCGGUCAGGGACCACUUCCUCUCUGUUUGCCCCACCACACUCACCGUUGACCUCCUCGAGGAGCGCCUCCUGGCAGCUGAGAAGACGGGAGACGCCGCACAGGCAAGGGCAAGGGGGGCAGGGGCGCUGGAGGAGCUGGCGGGGGCGGUGGAGGUGGCGGGUGGAGGCGGCAGAGGGGGUGGGGGUGGCGGUGGGAGUGGUGGCGGGGCUGGGGGCGUCGGUGGCGGUGGUGGAGGCGGAGGCAGCGUCGGCGGUGGCGGUGGGAGCGGAGGAGGCGGCGGUGGUGGCGGUGGCAGAGGUGGCAGCGGCAGCGGUGGAGCAGGUCGGGGUGGCUCUGCGCAGCGGGGCGGCUUCGGUGGUGGUCAGCGCCAGCAGCAGCAGCGCACUCGUGAGACCCCGCCCCCCCAGCAGCUUCGUGAGUGGUCGGGGGUUGCUAUCUUUGAUCUUGAUUAUGAUCCUAUUCUUGCUGCCAUGUAUGUUGUGUCUACUAGUGAUGAGGGUGACUGUUACCUGUGUGUUCCGCCUGACCCGGGCAUUGAGGCUGCUGCUCUAGGUGCUGGUGAGGCUGCUGCUCUAGGUGCUAGUGCGUCUGCUGCCCCAGGUGCUGGUGAGUCUGCUCCCUUAGUCGAGGGGCGGCAGCGCGCCGCUCCUCAGUCCUCCUAG